AGCCUCUCGCCUUGUGUCAAACACUCCAACACGGCGCCCCGAAGGCAGCAGAUACGCGCGUGCACGCACGCACACACACGCGAGGACUAGCGCGGAGUAUCGCAGCCAGGAGAGGACGGCGUGCACCUGUCCGGCUCACACACACACUCACACACACACGCACGCACGGACAGAGAGGCCCUGACCAGACGUCCUUAUGUGUGGAUGGGACCAAAGCUACACGGCGACCUCUCAAAGCUCGGCCAUGUUGACCAGUGAGGGGGCGCACACCAUGGAGCAGGACGACGCCCACCACGUCGCCAAGAUGACCUCCACCAAUUCAGACGAUGUCCAGCCAGACUCCGACAUGGCCACGGUGGAGGGAGCGGCGGACGAGGCCGACAUGACUCGCUGGACCGAGGCCGAGUUCGAGGAGAAAUGCACGUACAUCGUCAAGGAUACCACCUGGGAGGCGGGGCUGGAGGGGGACUCUCAUGCCCCUAAAACUGCUAGCAUCAGGGCACAGACCUCGCUGCCCCGGAACCUGAUGUUCAAGCACACGGCAGACGGAAAAGAGGUUGUAGGCGUGUGCAGCCGGGAAUACAUUCCCAAAGGGACCCGCUUCGGACCCCUGGUAGGCCAAAUCUACAUGGCCGACAGUGUGCCCAAGGACGCCAACCGCAAGUACUUCUGGCGGAUAUACGCCGAUGGCAACUUCCACCAUUUUGUGGACGGUCUGGACGAGUCUCGCUCCAAUUGGAUGCGCUACGUGAACCCGGCCCACUCGGCGGCCGAGCAAAAUGUGGCGGCGUGUCAGAACGGCUUGGACGUUUACUUUUACACCGUCAGGCCCGUGCCGGCCGGCGCAGAGCUCCUGGUGUGGUACUGCCACGACUACGCACGGAGACUACACUACCCGCCAUCCGGGGAACUCAUGAUGCAGAAGCUCAAUCGCUCGUUGCUGGAGGUGAAGCAGCAUCAAGCGUCGGACCCCUCGCCUCCCCCCACCGUCACCCCUCGGCCCGCCAAGCGAGAACACAGCGUCCUAUCCAUCCUGCGGGACGUUCCGAAGAGUGAGCCCAGUCGCCCACUACCCACCCGCCCGCGCUGCGCCUAUAGCCCCGAGCGUCCCUUGUACCCGCGCGCCCUCUACCCGCCCCUCAGGGGGAACCCAGAGGACUUCCUCAAGGCGGGCGCUCUGGGGUACCCCCACUCCCCCGGUGACCAGUCGUCAGCCACGCCCAGCCCAUCUGCGAGGAGCAGCCCGGAGAGCAGCCCCCAGGGGAGCCCGUCGGCACCCUUCUACCCAAGUGGACUAGGGCCAUACCCCAGUUACUCGCCACCGUCCGCCGCCCCGCUGUCAACUUUCUACCCGCCGGGGGCGCCCUACUCUCGCUACCUCCUGCCACACCACUACCCGCUUCCUGGGGGCGGCCUCCCCACCGUGGGCGGCAUCUACCCGAGGAUGUACCCGCUUUACUUGCCGCCCCAUGUUCCCCUCCUGCCCUCGGAUGCAGGCGGGCGGCGCUUCCUGUUUUCUGAAGCCACCCACCCGUCCCGGGACUUCCUGCUACCGGUGCCCACCACCGCCUUCUCAGCCGCCAACUCCCUCAAGGACAAGGCGGCUCCGCACCACCCUUAUGCUGGGCACCACUCUCCGUCCACCGGAUCCCCCGCCGCGGGGAUCCAUGGCGAGCGAGCGCCUACCAAACUGUGCGACUCGGAUGAGGAAGCGGUGAACCUGGUGAAGGUGAAGCGGGGUGUCGGCUCAGCCGGGUACAAGGCGCUGCCCUACCCACUCAAGAAGCACAACGGGAAGAUCAAGUACGAGUGCAACGUUUGCACCAAGACCUUUGGACAGCUUUCCAAUCUCAAGGUCCAUCUCCGCGUCCACAGCGGCGAGCGACCGUUCAAGUGUCAGACAUGUAACAAGGGCUUCACGCAACUGGCCCACCUGCAGAAACACUACCUGGUCCACACGGGAGAGAAGCCACACGAGUGCCAGGUGUGCCACAAACGCUUUAGCAGUACCAGCAACCUGAAGACCCACCUGCGCCUCCACUCGGGCGAAAAGCCGUACCACUGCAAGCUGUGUCCGGCAAAGUUCACGCAAUUUGUGCACCUCAAGCUCCACAAGCGCCUGCACUCCCGCGAGCGCCCCCACAAGUGCCCGCAAUGCCACCGCCACUACAUCCACCUGUGCAGCCUACGCCUCCACCUCAAGGGCUACUGCCAGACCGCUGCCCCCCACCCCACCGUGGACGAGGUCCAACGCGCCAACGAGGAAAUCGAACGCUUCGAUAUGAGCGAGCACGCCGAGCAACUGGAGAGGCUCCGAGGCGGAGCCGAGUUGGACGCCGUCCUCGAGAAGCAGGUUCUGGGGGCCGCGUGGCGCCAGACGUCGGUCAUCAAGGUGCGACGCGGACUCGCCGUCAAGCAGGAGGCGGACCCGUGAGGGAGCGGGAGAGGGGGACCACUUCAGGGACUCGCUACUCAGGGCUCAAAUUAGACAAUCAGGCUACUACGGUCUCCAUUUCCACUUUUUCUUUUUAAUUUAUUCGCUAAUGAUGAUGUUUCCAGAACAUUCUUCAGGGUUUACAAGAAUGAUUCCACUAUUUGACUCUGUCCCUUUUACCACUUUAUUUAAACCACAGGAACAAAAGGGUGAGUGUGUGCGUCACAACAGUUACCUCAGAGUGCAAAUGAGAGUGUGUGUGUGUCUGAGAGAGUGCGUUAAAGGAGAGGCUGAAGAUCGAACUUUUUUCUAUUUAUUUGCUCUUUGGCUACUUGAAGAAGAAAUGGAAGUGGAGCGCAGCUGGGCAACAUGUAGCACCUGUUUUGUCUUUUUUUUUUUGAUAACGAUGACACUGUCGGUGACGUGGAUGUGACACUGCAAACCAAAGUUGACUGCAUGGACUUCCAGAAUGCGAAAAGCAGGAAGAAUGUGAAGAAGGGAAUUGGAUUUGAUGUUAUUUAUUUGAGUAUUCAGAUGAAUCUUUGGGUAUUUAAUUGUACUUCUUAUGUUAUUCGUAAGGAAAUAUGGACAUUUUCAGUCAGGUAGAUGUGACACUCGAAACCAAAGUCGACCAGAUUUCCAUACGGAAAACAACCGAAGCAGCAAAAAUUUGAACAUUUUGUUAUUGUCCUGAAUAUUAUUUUCUCUUGCGUUCUUUUCCUUUUUGUAAUGGGUUAUUUUCAUUUCACAUUUUUUUUACAUUUCACCUAAAUUUUACUUGAAAAAAAUCUUUUUUUUCUUUUAAAGUACACUGUAUGUGACACUCCAAACCAAAGUUGACUGGACUUCCAAACUGCAACCGUCCAAAGCAAAAAGAACUUGAAGAAGGGAUUAAAAAAUCCUCUUCAUAAUACACCCGUGUCCGUAUUUGACACUCCGAACCAAAGUUGAGUGGAUUUCCAAACUGCAAACCAAACUAAAGCAAGAAGAAUGUGAAGAAGAAAUCAGGGACUUUGAUUCAGUUGUUUGUUCCCAGCCCCUUCCCCAAGCACUCUUAUGCACUGGCCCCUCCCACUUUCUCAGCUUCCUCUUUGACCAAAAAGUGUCUCGUCUGUUUUACGUGAGCUUCAACUCCACAAAUUACAUGUGUGUGUGUGUGUGUGUGUGUGUGUGUGUGUGUGUAUAUUUACAUGCUGGUUGGUUUACAAAUUGUUUUAUUUAUGUGCAAAAAUGUCCAAAUGUGUAAAUUAUGACGAGAAUUAUUAUAAAUGUUCACUGCUUUUAAUCCAAACCCUGGUAUGUUCUUAUUGACAUCGACAAGAACAAAUGCUACAUGGAAAUAUGUUUUUACACUUUCAUAGUAUCUCGAUUUUUCAUUGAGAAAGUAUGGGGGAAAAAUGUCAAAUAAAGGCAAACAUUAUUUUAAAAUA